AUGAAUGAAGGAAGCACAGCCUCCCACUCUACCCCUAUUGAUUCCCCAGAAAACAAUACAAAUAAUAAAAGUAGUAAUGGGAAUAACACACCUCUGACAACAACGACACUUGGAAAAAGUUCUGUUUUGGAAAAUAUUUCUGGAGCUAGUCGUAAGACAGGCUCAAAUACAAUUGAGAAAAAUCGAACAGAUGAAAUUCUUAAAUUACUAGCAAGCAUACAAGACCAGAAUUCAAAUCUUAAAGUCGGCAUAGAACAUCUACAGAGACACUGUGAAGAAGAGUACUUACAUGACUUUAUUAAAAUUAAAAAACGGCAUGACACUUUAUCAAAAUGGAACAAAUCAAUAAAAAAUAUGACAUAUAUUUUGCAAGAAAUUCAAAGCAUCACAAAUGAGGGUACUAAUGUAGUACCUACUUUAAGAAAUACAGCUCGUUCUAUCUCGUUACAGAAUGUGCAUAUUGACGAAUUUAGUUUAUUCUCACACAAUGUAAUUAAUCAUGACAGUUCGCGAAGAGAUGAGACUGAACGAUUGAAAGAUAUUGAUCGUACUGAAAUAAUUCUAAAUAAAAGGGUCAAACUAGAAGAUGAAGAAGACUUUGAUAUUAACAAUCCAAACUAUCAAAGGGACAGAGAUUUCAAACUUGCCAAAAUUAAUAUAAGCGUAUGCACUGUAUAUGAAGUUGCUAAAGAAUAUUACCAGGGCUUCGCCGGUAGGCCGUCGCUAAUGUAUAUGGAAUACAAAUAUGGUCCAACUUGGAGGCGUGAUCCAAAUUGGACAAGAAAAUUUAGACAAAGAAAAAUAAUUAUCGAUAAAAUUGAAGAUGUAAAAAAAAAUCCAACAAAGUAUGGGUUGAGGCCAAAUAUUACGAGAGAACAAGCGAUUAGAGCUGUAGCUUCUGUUGAAUCAUAUGAACGAUGUACUUUGCCAAAACUAGUACAAUAUUUCAAGGAAAAAAAGAUAAACCUACCGAUUAUUUUCUACCGUGAUAUUUUGGAAUUAUAUCAGAAAUGA